AUGAAGACACCACUCUUCAUUUUCAUCGUCUUCUCCACGCUCUCACUUUCUUCUGCCCAAUCCCUAGUUCCUGUUCGUGACACUGACGGGAAUAUCAUCCGGUCAGGCACCGGCUACUACAUCUUGCCCACUACACGUGGCCUGGGUGGGGGCAUUAAACUAGUGCCCACAACCAUAAACGAGACAUGCCCUAGUGACGUGGUGCAAGAAAACAACGAUCUGCAAAAUGGGCUACCGUUGACUUUCAUACCGGUCAAGGCAAACAAAGACGGCAACAUCUUUGAAUCCACCGAUCUAAACAUUAGGUUCUCAGGUUCAACGGCUUGUACCCGGUCUGCAAUUUGGCGAAUUGAUCAGGGUGUGAAUGGGCAACGAGAGAUAUCGAGCCAUGGGAGCUUAGGGAACCCAGGCCCACAAACCAUAAGCAAUUGGUUCAAGAUAGAGAAGCAUGAGGAUGGGUACAAGCUAGUGUUUUGCCCCACUGUGUGCAACACUUGCAGGCCAGCUUGUGGAGAUAUUGGUCAUACGAUUGCUAAAACUGGACGUUUAAGUCUGGUCAUAAAUAACACGCCCCUUAAGGUCAAUUUUAAGAAGGCAUAA